CACAGUCUGGUUCACGUCGAAAACGGCUCAGUUCAAAACAACACGUGCAGAGUGGAGUAUUUUGAUUUUUAAUAUAAUUGAGGGGUUUUCGAAGAGAUAUAAUCCUACAAAAUGCUGGAGGAGAUGAAUCGAAUGAAGACCACUCCGGAGCUGACCAACUUACGACCGGAGUUCAAGCAGAUACCCAAAAAACUAAGCAGGCACCUGGCCAACUUGGGAGCACCCCAUGUGGAUUCCUUCGAUGAGAUGUUAACCGUGGGCCUGGAUUUCGUGGCCAAACACAUGAUUCCCAUACACUGGCAGAGUCCCGCCGGCGAAAAAAUCUCAAUGAAAUUGCAAUCUAUUUGGAUAUCGAAGCCACAGGUGCCCCAAGAUGUGAUUGAUGUGCGUACCCGAGAAAUUUACCCAACCGACUCCAGGCAGCUACACGUCUCCUACUCAGGAAUGUGCUCUGUUCGGUUGGGUUGGAGUAUCAAUGGAGUGGAGAAGUCUCCCAUAAACAUGGACCUAGGUGAACUUCCCAUUAUGCUGCGCUCGAAAGCCUGCAAUCUGGGGCAGGCUUCCCCCGAAGAUAUGGUGAAACAUGGCGAGCACGACAGCGAAUGGGGUGGAAUAUUUGUAAUUCGAGGAAAUGAGAAGAUCGUGCGCAUGUUGAUCAUGACCAGGAGAAAUCAUCCAAUUUGCGUAAAGCGCUCUUCCUGGAAAGAUCGUGGCCAGAACUUUAGCGAUCUGGGAGUUUUAGUGCAAACAGUCCGCGAGGACGAAUCAUCCCAAAGUAAUGUAGUCCAUUUUUUGAAUAAUGGAACAGCCAAGUUUAUGUUCUCCCAUGUCAAGAGGUUAUCUUAUGUACCCGUUUGCCUUAUUCUCAAGUGCCUUAUGGAUUACACAGAUGAAGAAAUAUACUACAGAUUAGUUAAGGGCUAUGAAUCAGACCAGUACUAUGUGUCCUGUGUGCAAAGUAUGUUGAGAGAUGUACAAAACGAAAGUGUCUACACACACUCCCAGUGCAGGAGCUUCAUUGGCAAUCUGUUCCGUUCUCGCUUCCCAGAAAUUCCGGAAUGGCAACCGGAUGAGGAUGUUACGGACUUUAUCCUCAAGGAACGAGUAAUGAUUCACCUGGAUAACUAUGAGGACAAAUUCCAGUUAAUUGUGUUCAUGGUACAGAAGCUUUUUCAAUGUGCGCAAGGCAAACACAGAGUGGAGAACGUGGACUCGGCGAUGAUGCAGGAAGUGCUCCUUCCAGGACAUUUAUAUCAGAAAUACCUAGGCGAACGCGUGGAGUCUUGGGUUUUGCAAGUCCGCCGAUGCCUUCAAAAGAAACUGACUACUCCUGAUGGCCUACUGACAAGCGCCAUUAUGACUCAGUGUAUGCGACAAGCAGGCGGAGUUGGCCGCUCCAUGGAGUCCUUCCUAGCCACUGGAAAUAUUGUCAGUCGCACUGGGCUAGGAUUAAUGCAAAAUAGUGGUUUGGUUAUCAUGGCGGAGAAUAUCAACAGGAUGCGAUACAUGUCUCACUUCCGAGCUAUCCACCGUGGUUCCUAUUUCACAACAAUGAGGACCACGGAGGCGAGACAAUUGCUUCCGGAUGCCUGGGGCUUCAUUUGUCCAGUACACACUCCCGAUGGCACGCCCUGUGGCCUACUUAAUCAUUUGACCCUGACCUGCGAGCUGUCAAAGCGUCCCGAUCCCAAACUGGUAGAGGCCAUACCCUCACAACUGAUAGAGAUGGGCAUGAUGCCAUUGACCAUCCAAAGUGAUCCGGAGGACAAACUCUACGUGGUAUUUUUGGACGGCAAACAUCUGGGCCAUAUUUAUCAAUCAGAUGCCACCAAAAUAGUAGAUGAUUUGCGCUAUGGCAAGAUAUUUGGCACCCUUCCACAAAUGAUGGAAAUUGGAUAUAUACCUUUUAAAAAGAACGGUCAGUUCCCAGGACUCUACCUUGCAACGGGACCUGCUAGGAUGAUGAGACCCGUUUGGAACCUAAAAUGGAAGCGGGUGGAAUACAUUGGAACACUCGAGCAGCUGUACAUGGAGAUUGCAAUUGAUCCAAAAGAGAUGUAUCCGGACUUCACUACUCAUCUGGAGUUGGCUAAAACGCAUUUCAUGAGCAACCUGGCCAACUUGAUUCCCAUGCCGGACUACAAUCAAUCACCUCGUAACAUGUACCAGUGUCAGAUGGGAAAGCAAACGAUGGGAACACCUUGCUUAAAUUGGCCCAAGCAAGCUGCCAAUAAGUUAUACCGGUUACAAACUCCAGCAACACCUCUCUUUAGACCCGUUCACUACGACAACAUUCAGCUGGAUGACUUCGCAAUGGGCACAAACGCUAUAGUAGCUGUAAUAUCCUACACAGGUUACGAUAUGGAAGAUGCCAUGAUAAUCAAUAAAGCAGCUUAUGAACGAGGGUUCGCAUAUGGGAGUAUCUACAAAACUAAGUUCUUGACGCUGGACAAGAAGAGCAGUUACUUCGCCAGACAUCCGCAUAUGCCAGAACUGACUAAAUAUCUGGAUACAGAUGGUCUUCCACAUCCUGGCUCUAAAUUAAGUUAUGGGUCCCCGUUAUACUGCUAUUUUGACGGAGAGGUAGCCACUUAUAAAGUUGUGAAAAUGGAUGAGAAGGAGGAUUGCAUGGUAGAAAGCGUCCGACAGUUGGGAAGCUUUGAUUUAUCUCCCAAGAAAACGGUAGCCAUUACUUUGAGAGUUCCUCGACCACCUACUAUUGGAGAUAAGUUUGCAUCCAGAGCUGGCCAGAAAGGUAUUUGCUCACAAAAAUAUCCGGCAGAAGAUUUGCCCUUUACGGAAUCAGGUUUGAUACCAGACAUAGUGUUCAAUCCCCAUGGUUUUCCCUCUCGUAUGACCAUAGCCAUGAUGAUCGAGACAAUGGCGGGGAAGGGUGCAGCGAUCCACGGGGAUGUUUACGACGCCACACCUUUCCGCUUUUCCGAAGAAAAUACAGCUAUUGAUUACUUCGGUAAGAUGCUCGAGGCUGGAGGAUACAAUUACUAUGGAACGGAGAGACUAUAUUCUGGAGUAGAUGGACGCGAGAUGGCAGCAGAUAUAUUUUUUGGGGUGGUCCAUUACCAGCGUCUCCGUCACAUGGUUUUCGACAAGUGGCAAGUAAGAUCCACAGGAGCCGUAGAAGCUCGUACCCAUCAACCAAUUAAGGGAAGAAAACGAGGUGGUGGGGUGAGGUUCGGAGAGAUGGAACGGGAUGCUUUGAUCUCCCAUGGAGCGGCCUUCCUGCUGCAGGAUCGUUUAUUCCACAACUCGGAUAAAACACACACGCUAGUUUGCCACAAGUGUGGCUCUAUACUAGCACCAUUGCAGCAGAUUGUUAAGCGUAAUGAAACUGGAGGUCUGUCCUCGCAGCCGAAGACUUGUCGUCUGUGCGGGGAUAACAGUUCAGUCUCAAUGAUCGAGAUACCAUUCUCUUUUAAGUUCCUGGUCACCGAACUGAGUUCAGUGAACAUCAAUGCCAGGUUUAAAUUAAACGAGAUUUAAAAAACUAACCUUAUUAGACCCCAUUUUAUACCUUUCACUAUUCACAAUAAAGUUGACAAAAAGA